AUGGAUAAACCAAGGCAGAAACCACCGGCGACGGCGUUAUCGCCGGCGACGAUUGAUAUGAUCGGAGAAGACCUUCUAUUCAACAUCUUCUCAAAACUACCAGCAGUAGAAUGUGCAGCAGCAGCAUGUGUGAGCCGUUCGUGGAACGCUACCAUCACUCGCCUCCUUUCUCUUCCAAAGCUCUCUUCUGCUGUUUCACUCGAUCCUUCUCUUCAGGUUGCUGUGAAUGAUGUUAUUGACAAAGUUUUAGCUUGUCCAAUUCGGCCCCAGUUUGUCAUUGCUUCCAUUGGUCCUGCUUUUGACUUGGAUGAAGCUCACCGUCUGAUCGCUGGUAGAUUUGGCUCCCAAAUUCCAGUAAUUACUUCGAUAUCCCAAGGAAUUUUUGGGCAAAAUGCUACCACUAAUGAGUUUGAAGAGGUUCAGUGGGACACAUUUGAUGAGGAGGAGGAGGCUCAUGCCGAUCUUGGUAAUGAGAUCCACGGUGCUUUACUAACUGUUGGCUUCUUGCCAGGACUGGCAAUUGAUUUAAUCCCAUUAUCAAAAACUCGGAACAAAUUUCAGGGAAAUCAAGUACUCAUGAUUGAUGAUCUCGUGCUCAGUGUCAGGGAACGCUCAUCCUCUCGUUCUGGAUCAGCAUCACCGGUGGGGAUUUUGUUAUUUUCUGAUGAGGAUACUGACAUCAAACUUGUCCUUGAAAAGUUUGAUUAUGCCUUUUCCGCUGAGACUGUCAUUGUGGGUGACGGAGGUUCUCAGUUUUUAUACCGAGGUGAAACUGCAAUUAAUCCUUCUAAUAACAAAGCGGCGAGUUCAGCUGCUGUUGCUCUUUUAUUUUCAAGGGAUAGAGGCAAACCUCCUGGUGUUGGGGAAACUCAGUUUCACGUAAUGUUAUCCACUGGCAUUUCAUCGAUUGGGCCUACAUACAAAGCUGUUUCUGUUAGGGAGAGAUCCAGUGACUACUCCACUUGGCUCACUGCAAAAAGAGAAGCAGUUCAUGGAAGUCUGGAUGGUCAGACUAUUUUAGAUCAGAUUUAUGAUGAGCUUGGAGGUCAUAACAAUUGUCCAGUUCUAUAUGUUGGAGUAACGAAGAGAAGGAAAUGCUCUAUUGGCCAGGAAAAACCAAGCUGGAUAAGUACACAUGAAUUCCAUGAGGUUUUAAGAGGUGAUGAGGAGUAUCUGUAUGUCCAUGGUGUUGGUAUCAGAAGUGGAGACUCCUUCCGGUUUUACCAUGCAAGUUCUGAUUUGGCGCGUGCUUCUUGCAACACUGUUGCAAAUAACUUCAGACAUUUGAAGCAACUUCUUAACUACGAACGUGAUGAUCAUACUAAUAGCAACAGUGUAGCUAUGCAAAAGAAGCCUGUGUUUGGUGGUAUAAUGUUUGCUUGCUGUGGUCGUGGCAAGUUAUUUUUUGGUGAACCUAAUGUAGACGGCUCACCUUUCUUGGAGAACUUCUCUGGGGUUACUUUCUCAGGAACCUAUUGUACCGGAGAAAUUGCACGUGCAGAUUUAAGCUCAUACGAACAGGGUUCUCAGGAACACAGCUCUAUACGUUGCAAUUUCCACGUAUUUAGCACCGUUUACCUGGUUAUGUCAUAUACCCCUCCAUCGCCACAACAUUAGAGAUAGCUGGUUUUGCCAUUGACAAUCCUGACGGGUAAUGGCAAAAGAAAAGAAUUUUUUUCUGGAAUUUUGUACUUAUAAUUUAUUGCUGUUUCUUAUUAGUAGAAAAAAUUGUGUUGUAAAUGACACUACUGCAA